AAAACCAUAAUAACGACAUUUGAUUUAUUGCCUAAAUUGAAGGGUUUCUUGCAUGAAGUGCCGAGUCUUAAGUCAAUUGUUUAUAUAAAGAAUAUGAACCAUCAAUUAAAUGACAAUUGCCCUGAUCAUGUUUGUAUCAAAUCACUGGAUGAAUUGGAGGGAAUGGGUGCUAAAGACAAAAGUAUUCUCGACUAUGAUUUACCAAAAGAUAUCAAUGAGACGGCAGUUAUUAUGUAUACUUCUGGAACAACAAGUAAUCCAAAGGCUGUUUGUAUAUCUCACAAGUCAUUGAUGGCUAAUCUAAAACUACUUCUCAGCAAUUGUACGCCUAAUAUGUUUGAUGAACAGCAGAAUCACAUUUAUAUGUCUUACCUCCCAUUGGCACACAUUUUGGGCUAUUCUUUUGAAAUGUAUUUCUUUUUCGGCGGUAUUAGAGUGGGCUACAGUUCCCCGUUUACAUUGACCGACUCAUCGCCAGGUCUGGCAAAGGGACAGACAGGAGAUGCAAAACUUCUUAGUCCGACAUUCAUGACAGCAGUGCCUCUAGUAUUGGACCGGAUUUUGAAAGAAUUAUACGAGAAAUUGAACGCAAGAUCCUCCAUAUCUGCACCACUUUUCACGUAUUUAAUGCAAUAUAAGAUUCGGUGGAAGAGUAGAGGGUUUGACACUCCGAUUGUCAACAAACUCUUGUGUCGAAAGAUUGCCGAAGCAAUCGGUGGCAGAAUGGAGUACAUUAUGGUUGGCGGCGCCCCUCUUAACCCCAAAACUCAGGCUAUAAUUAAGGCGGCUUUCAAUGCCAGACAAGUCACUCAAGGUUUCGGUGCGACUGAAACGAGUGGAGGUGUGAUCGGAAUGUUCACCGAAGACCUCAAUUAUGGUUCGGUUGGUAUCCCUAUGGAGGGCGUGAAUGUAAAGUUAGUGGACUGGCCAGAGGGCGGGUACUUGACGAGUGAUAAGCCUAAUCCCAGGGGGGAGAUAGUCAUUGGAGGAGAUCUCGUAGCUCUUGGCUAUUAUAAGGCACCGGAACUGACAGCCGAGUCGUUUUAUACGGACAGUGAUGGCAUGCGAUGGUUCUAUACGGGAGAUAUCGGUCAGGUAUCACCCGAUGGAUCCUUUAAGAUAAUCGAUAGGAAGAAAGAUUUGACUAAACUAUCAAAUGGAGAGUACAUCUCAUUAGGAAAAAUUGAAGCGUCUCUUAAAUCAAACAAAUACGUGGAAAAUAUGUGUGUUGUGCCCAAUACCCUUGUCAAUACGAGACUAGGGUCACAAACGCUAUUUCACAAAGACAGCAUCACAAAUAGGGCUCAAAUGAAUGGUUUGAAACGAAUUGAAAUUCCCGUCAAAAUCAAGUUAUGUCCAGAAGAGUGGACAACAGAUAAUAAUUUAAUUACCGCUGCCUUUAAGCUCAAGAGGAAUAAUAUUACGUCUCAUUACAAAAGUGACAUUCAAAACAUUUUUGAUUCAAUCAAA